CUGUCACUGGCUUAUAUGGACAAGUCAGCCGCCGUCACGUGACCCCUGACUGCUAAAAACAGCUCAGGCACCCACUCUGAACCUGGGCCUGAAACAAUGUCUGCCACUGAACUAGACGCAAAGGACACUUGAUCACACAAUCAUUGGAAUUAUUUCAAGGAAACCCUUUGCAGGAGCCCAUCCAGAGCACCGUUUCCCUGCCGUGCGCACUGACGGCCAGGAGAUGAGCGCUUCUCUGAAUUACAAGUCUUUUUCCAAAGAGCAGCAGACCAUGGAUAACUUGGAGAAGCAACUCAUCUGUCCCAUCUGCUUAGAGAUGUUCACAAAGCCCGUGGUCAUUCUCCCUUGCCAGCAUAACCUGUGCAGGAAAUGUGCCAGUGAUAUUUUCCAGGCCUCUAACCCGUACUUGCCCACAAGAGGAGGCACAACCGUGGCAUCUGGGGGCCGGUUCCGUUGCCCAUCCUGUAGACAUGAAGUGGUUUUGGACAGGCAUGGAGUGUAUGGACUUCAGAGAAAUCUGCUGGUGGAAAAUAUCAUUGACAUCUACAAGCAGGAGUCCACCAGACCAGAAAAGAAGUCCGAUCAGCCCAUGUGCGAGGAGCACGAGGAGGAGCGCAUCAACAUCUACUGUCUGAACUGCGAGGUGCCCACCUGCUCCCUGUGCAAGGUCUUUGGGGCACACAAAGAUUGCCAGGUGGCUCCUCUCACUCACGUGUUCCAGAGGCAGAAGUCUGAACUCAGUGAUGGCAUUGCUGUCCUUGUGGGAAGCAAUGACCGAGUCCAGGGAGUGAUCAGCCAGCUGGAAGAUACCUGUAAAACGAUUGAGGAAUGCUGCAGAAAUCAGAAGCAGGAACUUUGUGAGAAGUUUGAUUACCUGUAUGGCAUCCUAGAGGAAAGGAAGAAUGAAAUGACACGAGUCAUCACCCGGACCCAAGAGGAGAAAUUGGAACGUGUCCGAGCCCUGAUCAAAAAGUAUUCUGAUCAUUUGGAGAAUGUAUCAAAGUUGGUUGAGUCAGGAAUCCAGUUCAUGGAUGAACCAGAAAUGGCAGUGUUUCUGCAGAAUGCCAAAACCCUGUUGCAAAAAAUUUCUGAAGCAUCGAAGGCAUUUCAGAUGGAGAAAAUAGAACAUGGUUAUGAAAACAUGAACCACUUCACAGUCAAUCUCAAUAGAGAAGAAAAAAUAAUACGAGAAAUUGAUUUUUAUAGAGAAGAAGAAGAUGAAGAAGCAGAAGGAGAAGGGGAAGGAGAAGGAGAAGAAGAAGUAAUAGAAGUGGAAGAGAUAGAAAAUGUUCGAACAGAGUCAUCAGGAGAAGAUGAAAGUCCGGAGAAAGCCACUCAGCCCUCUCCACAGGCCUCGGAGCUCCAGGUGCCCUCGGUGGCACUUCUGGUUUCCUCUGCAGAGCCACUUCCAGCCCUGCCAUCUACUGCUGAGACCCCAGUGACACAGGGGGAGGUUGUGCCCAGUGGCUCUCAACAGACCACAGAGUCUGAAACUCCAGUCCCUGCAGCAACGGAAACUACGGAUCCCUUGUUUUAUCCUAGUUGGUAUAAAGGCCAAACCUGGAAAGCUGCCAACCCACCUUCCACUGCAGGGAGUGAAAGUCUGGGACAAGUAGGGCCUUCAGGUUCUGAGGAAUCCAAUGAGCAGAAGGCAGCCGUGGCAGAAGCCGCAGCCAAUGAGAGGGCAGCAGAGAGUGGUAAGGAAACUAGUUCACCUGCAGCUACUUCUCAGACUGGAGUUGAGGCCCCUUCUCUUCAGGGACAAGCUGCAGCUUCAGGGAGCAGGGAUGAAGCUGAUUCUGAGCCAGCUCGCCACAUCUUCUCCUUUUCCUGGUUGAACUCCCUGAGUGAAUGAUGUUCAUUCAACUGCUGCCCCUCUAUCUGUCUGGCUGAGAGGCACAGAGGCAGCAGGGAAUCCAGAUGAAAUUAAUACGAUGCAGAUGAUGAAAUAGACCUCUGGACAGGAUUUCUGGAGGAAAAACACACAAACUUCAAUUCCAAAUGACUUAUCUAACACAUUGAAAGAAAAUAUUCUGAGAAAAUAGUUGCAGAUGGCAUUGGAAAAACAAACAAACUUGAUCUUAU